AUUGCACUCUCAUCUCGAGCGACGCCUGAGCGAUAGGCAGCACGACGCAAGCGCAUUCACGCACAUCGCAGCAGCAGCAACAGCAACAGCAUUAGCACCAGCAUUAGCACCAGCAUCAGCAUCAGCAUCCGUCACGAUGGCGUCCACCUUCUAUCACUGGAUCAAGUCACCAGCUGGUCGGGAAUACUUCCUUUCGACGCACUUUUGGGGUCCAGCCGCCAACUGGGGCUUGCCGAUCGCAGCUCUGUUGGACCUCAAAAAGGACGAGGAGGUCAUUUCGGGUACCAUGACGGGCGCGCUGGCCUGCUACUCUCUGGUUUUUAUGCGAUUUGCUUGGCGGGUGCAACCAAGGAAUUACCUCCUCUUCGCCUGUCACGGCACAAACGCUGCCGCUCAGAUGACCCAAGGUGGGCGGUUUGUCAAUUACUUCUAUCUCGGAGGCAAGGAGAAGAAGGCCGAGGGGCAAGUGCCAGGCGUGGCCGCAUCGAGCGGCUCCGCUGUCGCCGCAACGACGGAGAAGAAAGUCUGAUGCGAAAGCGAGGUCCUCGAAAGAUACUGCUGCGAUUCUUUGCACCCAUCACAAUCAUGAUUAGGCCGCAAUGGU